AUGUACCUGUGGCGCUUCUCCAUCGCCAUGAUUCUUGGGCUUGUUUGGUAUUUUUCGGACUGCGGACAGGUAGUGGCUCAAAUCGUUUUGUGUUUACUAUUUUGCCCAUCAACCCCUAAUUUCUUAAUAAAGACCGGACGGGAAAGCGCCACUCAAACAGACGAUGUGGCUGAAGACAACUCAUUUCAGGUAAUUUAAGUAGUCCGAUGCAUUUCAUACGAUUGACUGUUCAAUUGCAGGUGUUAUUUUUUCGUCUGUCUUAGAGAUCAUCAUCAUCGCUACAAUGUAACGCUCGUCAUGAGAUUCAAUGUAACAUGGCGUGAGCCAUGCACGUUACUUUUGUUUACAAAAUGACCCAAUGAAACAACCUUAUGAAUCAUGUCAGUGAAAAGUUAUUAAUACCACCAAACAUUUUAAUAUUUCAACUGAUUGUCAGUCUGUGAUCUAUUACAAAUCGUUAGACCAUGAACGAUAACUGUUGUCAAGUAGUUGUGGUAUCAAAUUACACUAAACGUAUUAAUUGAAAUGAUAAUGAAAUGUUUUUUGACAUGGACCUCCUCAUGCCCUAUAUAUAGCUGGUGGAAAAUUUCCAAUAUUUUUGCAAGUGGAAGGGAAAAUAAGGUGAGAGUUGAAUAUACACAUUGGCGAUGAAAGAUGUGCAAUGACAACAACCGAUAAAUAAUGGUGUUGCCAUACGCAAAGGUGAAGCGCCACCUUCCAGGCACAUUACUCUUUGUAGUUUAGCCGGUUUCUUGCUGUGUAAACAUGCUAUAAGGACGUAGUGCCAUCUUUCUACUUGGCUUAAUCUAGAUGGUAAGGAAUGAAUGAUGUCAAAACACUAUAAUCCCUUCUGAAUUGUUUUACAGCAAACACUAAAGGAUGAACAUUUAGGUUGUGAUGUGACUGAUACAACAAGCACUGAAGCUGAAACAUCACAGGAGACACAGUUUCCCAGUGUGAAGAGGUCUCUUCAGCAAGGUGUGUAAUUGUGCUCUGCAUGAGCUGAGGUCCUUACAGAAUUUGCCAUUAUAACUUAGAACAUUUUUGUCAAUCAGCCUGUCUGGCUUUCUGCCAGGGUGAGAGAUUUGUAAAGUAAUGUCUAUUAUUAAGAUCUCUUAAUAACAAGACAAGGACGAAUAACGGAAACAUUUGUGCCGAGAUUCUUCCCUUUACCUUAGUGUAUGUGGUCAGCCAAAUGUAGGUCUGUGUUCUGUGCCAGUUGAAUAAGACAGCAAAUGCGGCUGCAGACAUAUCUGAUGUUACAUGAUCUGGGAGGGGCUUGGGUAUCAAAGAUGUUGGGGGAAUAGACACACAAAAAUAACAUCCUUUCAAUGUGCUAUGCUUUGGAAUAUGGAAAGCGGGGGUUGUUUUACCAAGUGGUUGUGCAUAAAAGAGGAAAUGGAACGACUUGGUUAGCAUAUUUUGUAUAAGGCAUACUCAGACAGGUUUGGACUGUUUUCUGUCAGGAAGUGGUUUUGACAAUCCUGCUAAGAUGAACACAGCUCACUUCAAACCGCACAAUAUGUAGCCUAGCUUAUCGCUUGCAAUACUCAGGGCUCUUUUAAAUGUUUGUUAUUUUUGUCCAUGGCAGCUGUCUUGCUUUUGUGUUGAUUUUGAAUGUGUGUUCUCAGUGUUUGAGUGUGCCUACGCCCAGCUAGUCCUGCCCUGGUACUGCGUCCCUGAGCCCUGUGACAGUCAACUCCUGCACCAGGUGCUGUGGAGGGAGUUUGAUCAAGUCAUCAAUCAAGUCAUCAGCAGAGGCAAAGACUUUGAUGUCUGUGCAGCAAGUGUGGGCUGCAUUCGCAUCCUGACCCAGCACCUCCAUAAUGCCAAACAGUCUGAUAGGUAAUGCGGCUCUCCUGAAGUCACUAGUAGAAUACAUAUUAAGUUGCCGUUCUCCAGCUAUAUCACUUGCCUGUACUGUUGAAGUGGUUUAUGUACCGUAAUUUUCGGACUAUAAACCGCGCCUUUUUUCCCAUUUUUCGACCCUGCGGCUUAUAUAACGGUGCGGCUAAUCUAUGGAUUUUUACAGCUAACGGCCACUAGAAGACCUCCUAAAUCUAUGGAUUUUACAGGUUACAGUCCACCAACUUUAACUCUAUGGGCUCUAUGACCGGUCCGCGCCCCCCACCUUUAAGCGGCGGGCUCCAGCAGGAAAAGCUGGAGGCCGGAAAAGAGUGAGACGGGUAGCGCGCAAAAGUAAAAGUGGAACCGAGAGUGGUACGAGAGACAGAACGAGAGCAAGACAGACAGACAUUACGAGAGCGAGACAGUUUGUCUCUUUCCCGACAAUCCACUCUGUGCACGAACCCUUACAUAUAGUAAUUAAACAUUAAAACACCUGCGGCUUAUAGUCCAGUGCGGCUUAUAUAUGUACACAUCAUUCAAUAUCAUUAAAUUUAGCUGCUGCGGCUUAUACUCCGGUGCGCCUUAUAGUGCGGAAAAUACGGUAUAUUUUAUUGUUUAGGAUAAAUCAUUAUCAAUCGAAGUUCUGAACUUCAACCUUUUAUUGGGUGUAAUGCAUGUUUUUGAUAGAUUUCAUGUGACCUAGCUAGGGAACUAUGUACGUUUUCACAUGUUGGAACAAUGACCUGUAUUGAGGUGAUAGAAUUUCUCACUAAUACAUUUGUAAUGCUCUGUCCUAAUGUCAUUUAUCUACAUAGUCAUUAGUCCAAAAAUUGUAUUUUUAUUAACUUUGUCUCUGUCUGUUUUGCUCGCUCUCUUUCAGAGAACCAUUGUUUAGCUCUAGAGGAGAGGAGGUUGAAGUUCUAAGAGUGUUCUCUCAAGCACUGGUGCGAAACUUUUUCCCUCAGUCCCUUUGGGGGCUGGCAGUCAGCCACUGUGCCUUAAAUGAGAUUGUUGCCUUAAAAGGUAAGCCCCACAACAUAGGCCUAUCAGUGCCUCAGGUAUUCUCUCAUCGCUCAACUUUUUGAAAACGAGAACAAAUUAGCAUCAAACAAUUCAGUCAUGGAUAGAGAUUAGAAAUACUGCACGUACUGUGCUGCAAAUAAAAUAAGGGCUCUCCUUAGAGGAAAGCUAACACAGGGUGUUAUCAUUGAAACCUACAGAUAAUGGUCAGUGGCCUUCAGUGGCUCUGAUCACAGGAGUCAGUGAAAUGGGUUGAACAAUUAAAUGUAUGGCUUAGUAAUAGGAAGGGAUUUUACUGUUUACAUUCACUUCUAUAUUCUGCAUCUGUAACUUCUAUUGGAUCUCAAUAAUGUUCAAUGAGUCUUGAAAGUUAUCACCAGUUUUUUUUGCCUGUUAGACAUGGAUAAUGGUGGAUACUGGAGGUGGCCAUUAGUAUAAAAGCGAAACAAGUGGAAAGUGUCUCAGUAAUUCUGAGACUAAGUGUGUUUGUGUUUUCCCUAUGUAUGUUGAACAUGGCUUUGUCCUACCAUGUGACUUUACUCUGUAUAGCCCAUCACAUUGACUUUGUCAUCCAUGCCCCCAGUGCUGGACCUGCUGGUGCGGUGGCUCUCAGACCCUGACAACCUCAACCAGCUGGUUGUGAGUCAGCUGGAUGGAGUGACCCCCAUGAGCUCUGUGGAGGAGCUGUGUGAUUCUGACUCUAUCAGGGCAUCUCCAGCCUCCCUGGAGAGCCAGGCCAGUGGAGCGUGAGUGACCCUUUUCUUACCAGGCUGCCUCUCUUUUCUUUAGUAAACACGCUUCAGUGCUGUUAGGGUGUUGUGCCUGAGAACAAGGAUAAAUCAAUUGUGCUUUGGUUUUGUUUAGUGGCCAUUUUAGAACACCGGAAGAAACCGAGAAUGCUCAAACCGGUGACGGCAAGUCCAAAAAGAAAGGUGUGGGUGUGUCUAUUUGAAACAAUAACUAAGCUAAAUUGAAACGGAGUGUGUUUGGCACAAACAACAUUAACUGGACCAAAACAAAGUUUAUUUAGUUUGUGUCCAGUUGAUUCUGUUUGUGCCAUGAUUUUUAUUUUAAUUUUUGUAUGUUUGUUUUGUUUCCCCUUUGUCUUAAGGUUAUUGCAGUUUGCAGUCAACUUGUGACAUAAUAAAGGCCAUGAAAAUGUGGAAACUUAGCUAACCGGAUAUGUGGUUUUUCCAGCCAACAAAUUGAAGGAAGGCUGGUCUAAAUUCCUUGACAAGAUGAAAUCGAAGAAAGCUAAAAGGAAGACAAUGAAGAAAAAGGAGCAGGUGCUGGUGGUCAGAGCCAAGUCCAUCCAGGAUUGUCCGUCAAACGAAAUUGAAGGGAGUAGCCGGGAGGGCUCCAUCCAGAGCCAGCAGGACUCCGACAGCGUAAGGACACUGCACCAGAUAGAGCAAGUCUGCAGUCAGCACAACACUUCACUCUUCUCAAAUAUUUUUUAAUAUAAAAUGUUAUAGAUUUUAUAAAUUGUAUUUACUAUCUUCCAGACAGUACAUGUUUUGCCAUCUAUCCAAUAGAAGAUAAUAAACCAAAAAACACAUAUUUCUGGAUGCCCUCUAUGAUUCACCCCAAACAAUGCUCUAUUUAUAGUGAGGUUGAAACGUAACACGGCUGACGUUUUAUUUUGUAAUUGGUUUGGUUCACCAGGUGGAUGGUGAUCUGGAGAGCUACUUGACCAGCGUUCAAGAAGACAUGAUGGAAUUCAAGCUGUCAUAUGAGAUGUGGCGGGUUGGCCAUUGGGCUGUCAGCGUCCCUCGUGUGAGUCACAAAUCACACACAAGUCACUGUGGAAUGCAACUACUGCUAAAUAUGAAACUGAGCUUUGUGAAGACAUGUCCUUGGUCGUUCUAUUAUCUGUUCAUGUUUGCGCCAGAAUUGUGUGUAAAGUAAGAUGUUACUGUCUGUAGAUGGAGAGGGAAAAUGAGGAGAUGUGUUUCACAGUUCACCUGGAGGAGAGGGACAACCCUGAGAACCUUCACUGGGAUGUGAGGAAGACCCAGACAGACAUUAUCCAUUUCCGCAACCUAUGGCAGGUUAGAGACGGAUGAAGAGGGAGAUUGUAUUGUUGCAAUUGUGUUCCACAAGGUACCACUUUACUAUGUAACCUCAUGGCCAUUGAAAUUAGGUAAAGCCACUAUGCUGUUUGGUAUUGAAUUCAAUGUAAAAGGUUUUUGAGAAAUGGUACCAAUGCAUCCAGUUAUAUAUUUGUAGAAGAAGUGUUACCCUUCUUUUUCUGUGUCUCGUGAUGACAAAUAAAGCAACGUUGUUGUCAAAACAGACUGCUGUAGGAGUUUGGAAUGCAUCAGAUACUGCACUGUUUAAUUUAAUUUAACUGGCAUAAACGAUAUCUGACAUUUUAUGGGAUGUUGCACAAUUAGAUAGACUAUUAGCAUUUGCAAUGUUUUUGAGUGUACAGUCUCUUUUGACACAUGUCUCUUUUGCAUCCUCAAUAUGGAGCCAUAUCAUAUAAUUAUAUCACACAUCAUCAUUCUUAAAUAUCUUUCUUUGUAAUUUUUCUCUGGUUUGUAUAUAUUUUUUAUUUUCUUUAGGACUCUGCUAAUUUACCCUCCCUAUCCGUGUUAGAAGCGAGCACUGAGAGUAACAGCGAGGAUUUUAGAGAAGAAGCCAGAACGUCCCUCAAGCUCUUCUUACAGGUACACUGGCACACUUCAGACACAAGCAGAAAUGCACAUGGUAUGAUAAAAAAAAAAAGAAUAUCUUAAUCCCCAUGCCCUCUCCAGGAGCUGGUGUCUGAUGCUCUGAUGGGCCACACUCAGCCAGUGUUUCAGUUCCUGUGUCCUCUGGACAAGCUGCUGAGUGAAGAGGAGCAUGUGGGGGGAGUGUGGGGCCUCCUCAGUGGUCUGGCCUACUUCCUGACUCCAGGCCGAGAGGAAGAUGAGGUAGGCAUUUUAAAAUCAUGUUGAGCAGGCCUGCAAGGUCAUCUUGUAUCAUGUCACCACAAAUGGCAAAUAAUGCCCUCUGCUGGUGCAUUAAGAAAUCACAGCAGCUGUGAAUCUUCAGCAGUCAGUCCGUAUUUGUAAAGGUAUUGCAAUGCACAUUGCAUUUUUCAGGACACGCACAACACUCUUCAAAGAGGGACCAAACCAGAUGAUUCCAACACAACCGAGGCUGCAGACCCAACUGCAACUGAGAAGCUGGAUGAAAACAUUGGCGAUACAAGGGAUGGCCUGGCCCGAGUCCAUUCUAUCAUCUUCCAAUGUGAUGAUUCUCCUUCAGAACCCAGUUCCAUUGAGUGCUGCAGAGGUAAAGCGAUGGUACCAGUAGAGAAAUCAGACUCUUUGGUUAAUGCAGACAAAACAGAGGACAAAAUAGAGGAAUCGGAGAACCCCGUAACUUCUCACCUAAAGAUGAUGAUCAAAGAGCUAUCCAGAUCAGAGGAGUGUCUGGCCCAAACGAAAUCAGACAACCCUGAAGACCAGAGCGACUCUGUAUGUAGGCCGCGACAUUCCAGUCAAAAUGGAGGCUCGCAAUGUUACCUCACUGACAGUCCGUCAUGGCGUCAUUUAGUUGGAAAGUCGGAUAAAAUGGAGAAACUCACUUUCAAAAUGUCAGGAGGGAUCCACAGGAGUAAAGGAAAGGACAUGGGGAGUCAGUCAAAAUUAGAAGACUCACAGUGUUUGAAAAAGGACCAAUCCAGCUGGGAGCAAAUGGAAGCAACCAAAGCCAUUUUUGAUUUGUUGAAAGCAAUAUCUGGUUAGUUCUCACUUCCUAAUUUGUUAGAAAUUGUAAUGUUAGAUGUUUAUAUUUUAAUCAGAGUCACCUAUACUAGUGUGUAAUAAUCAGCGCCCUACUUUUCCCUCCAGGUAAUUCCAUCCUCCUGAACAUAUUUGAUGCGAUUCUGAAACCCGUCAUGCCGAUAUUGAAAAAGUAAGAGGUGAAAUAUUCUCCCAUUUUCCACUGCAGUCCUGGUUCGUCAUACUGACAGAAUAAUAGGAUGACCUACAUUUGGCCUUUUGAGAAUCCCAGCAUUAACUUUUGAUAAUCUCUUUUAGGAAAGUGAACAGCUUCUUGAAUAAGAUGAACCCAACGGAAGCCCAGAUGGCCUCCUAUAUCGACAACCUAUGUGAGAAACAGUGGCCUGAGGGCUCGCCAGAGGUGACCAAACCCAAACCCAAUCGCAGCAGUGAGGAGAAGAAUGAGACCAAAGACCGAGCUCACCACCUCAUCAAUGCCAGAUGUACAGGAUCUACCCUGUUUUUCACUCUCAUCAGCACAGCUUCUAGAGUUAUGCUUUUCAUUCUAAGACGGAAAUGCGUGAAGUGUCACAGUUCACUAACAUCAUGUUCUCAUUAUAGAUUCAAACUAUUUAAUCUUGAAGAAGACCGAUAUGGAGAUCGUGUUUAAGCUCUUCCAGGACUGUGAAGAAAACAAGAAGCUGGUCUAUGUGAGUAUCUAGCCUCUUGAGUUUCUGUGGAGAGCACUGGAAGAGAGAACUCUGGUGUCAAUAUGUCAAUGUCCUCUCAUCAAUGUUGCAGUGCUGGCUCUCUAUUUGAUGUCUGUCAAAUGUCAUAAAAAUAGAUGUCUAGACUUUCUUGUACAGUUUGUAGAAACAUUGACUCAACUUUUGCUUCACUUUAUUUUCAAUAGAUGCUGCUUUCAUUCCUAUUGAAAGAGCUUCUGCCGGGGGAGGAGGCUCUUAACGUGAGUGCCGUAACCCUGCAGAAAGUCAACGGCAACUAACUCAUUUUAAGAUGUUCUCAGGUGAAUCAUGCU